GGACACCUAUCCCAUGAUUCUUGUGGCCAACAAAGUCGACCUUGUACAACAGCGGAAGGUCACGGAGGAAGAUGGAAAGAAUCUUGCAACAAGGCUAAAUAUACCAUACAUAGAAACCAGUGCCAAGGAUCCUCCCAUUAAUGUAGACCUAGCCUUUCAUGAAGUUGUCAGGGUCAUAAGGCUGAUGCCAUUUGACCCCAAACAACAUCGCCGGAGAAAAGCUCGGAAGUCAAAGUGCACCAUCCUGUGAUGUCAUCUUCCUCAUCGUAACCACGUAACCACUCUCCAUCACAGCUCAUCACUAUCAUCUUGAGGUCCUAAGGACUUCUGUAGUCAGCGCUGUAGCCAUCUUAUCAUCCUACUUUGUUACAGUAUCAUUGGCGAUUGGUAGACCAACAAGAUUUCUGUAGUUGGCUCUGCAGGCAGUGACCAAUCUUGUAGACAGUGGAAGUGUAGCGUCUCUCUCUGCUCUUCAGUCCAAAACUGCAAAGAUUUCUGCGCCUCUAUUGGACAUAUGACAAUUGAGGCACUUGAGCAGUUGAUGUACAAGAGCGAACUUUUUUUUGGCUACACUGGAUCACAUCUCUAGUCAUCCUCAUACUGUUAGUUUGUAGUUGAAUUUUUGUUGUAAACAGCUCAUAUUAUAUUUGGCAUUGUUUGACUCGAUGAGAGCCAUCAUUUGUUAAUUUCUACUAGAAUCACCUUUGUUUUGUUUCAUAGAACUUUACCAUUGU